AUGGAAAUUCCUAUUCCAAUGAGUGCAUGCUGUGUGCCUCAAAUAGGUAAAAGCUUUUUGUUUGUGCAAACUGCUGUUAGUUAUCCAUUUGUUUUACUGCAAACUAAACCAGUGUCCUUAAGCUGA